AUGGGUCAACAAGGAUCAGAAGGUCCGCCUCGUGCACCCGAGUUUCAUUAUUCACCCCCACUACCGGGGCGCACAUCGAAUGUACCCCCAUUGACACGCCCAAAGAUUCAUCGCUAUGUUGCAGUAGCGAGCUAUACCGCCGUGGGGAUCAUAUCAAUUUACAACAUAUUCUUUGCCGACUACGGCGAACAAGAGCAUGUCUUCUCUCCGGCAAGACGGUGGCUGGAUCGGCAGAAGGCGGCGUUUUGGACGCUGAGCCCAGCGGAGCAGGCAGCUGCCGAUAGGCUGAAGCGUCAACAGGAAUUACCUCGUGAUACUGACAGACCAACAUAA